AUGGUGAAUGAAGAGGCUGGAGAGGGCUUUUGUUUUGAGGUUUUUGAGGCGGCGGUACGAGAAAAGCCAGUAGAAAAUGUUAUCCACAUAGCAUCGGAUCAUCCACGAGGAAAAAGAAACAAAAAUCUUUUGUCCCGUAUAAAAAAAGGGCGAAUAUUAUCAGCAUGCGAUGACGUGGCACCGUCAGUUGAGACCUACACGUGUAAAAGCGUCGCCAUGUGGAGCCUUAUUGGCCCCUCUUCACCGUCUUUCUAA